AUGCGUCUACUCCUUUGUCUAAUACUAUCAUCAUCAUCAGUCUAUGGCGGUGAUCGAUUCCUCGAGUUCUCCAAAGACGAGCUGUGCAAGUCCUCGCCAAAUCUGAAAAUGUGUUCAAGCGGCCAUCGCGCGCGUUCGUCGAAAAUCAUCAACGGCGACGGUUUGACGGCGCACCGGUUGGAGCAGCUCGCCGGCCAAUCCAAGGAUGGCGUGAUUCAAGACGGCGGCGACGAUCCGUUCGAGACGCUCUCCACACGCGCGCCCUACACCGAAGAGCUGCCGUCGCGAAUCGGCAAGCAUCGCAAACACCGCAAACAUCAUCACCAAGGCUAUUAUCCAUACUACUAUCAGCAGCCGCGGCAGGACCCAUUACUGUAUCGAGUGUAUCCCAACCUUCAUCCCAAAGAUCAGCGGUAUUGUCCGGAUAUGAAGGCGAUGUUCGCUUACACGUGCGCGCCGAGUAAGCCGCUGCGAUUGGACCUCGUCGAGUUUUGCAAGGAUUACUCGGCGUUCUGCAACGUUCCCAACUUUCAUCGAUUGCCGGGACCUCGAAUGGGCCCGCCCGUCGGCGACAAAUCCGUUGGGCACGUCGACGUCAACGGCCAUUUCGGGUUCGGUGUCGGCGCGGUGCCCGGCCUCGAGGUCGGCGUCGGUUGGGGUGUCGACGUCGGCCCGAUUCCCGGCAUGGGCGAGAGUGUCGGCGUCGGUGUCGGCCUCGAUCUCGGCAUCAUGGGCUCGAAGACGCCCGAGGCGUUUCGACGCGGUCAAGACGAUCCGAAUCAGAAGGGCGGCGGUGUUGUCGGCAUCAGCGGCGGUGUCGGCGUCGACGCGCCGGGAACCAAAGGCAUCGGCGUCGGCUCGGGACUCGGCGUCGGAAAAUAA